UUCAUUUACAUUUUGUUUUCGACUUCCAAUUCAAAAUGUCACUGGACCACCAGCACCUCCCCUCACCGGCUCCCACCCCUUCAGCCGCUCCCCCGAACCCCGCUGUUGGCCCCGCAAUGACCGGCGCUCCGCCUGACCAGGCUGCUAUUCGCACAGCCGUGGAGAACCAGCUGUUGCAACUAUCACAGGAUCUAUACGAGAUGGAGAUCAGCGCUGGGCAUGUCAAGGAAAACAGAGAGACUGCUGUUGCGGAUUAUAUGGAAAAUAUCAACAAAGCUUUCAUCAACUUGUCAAAUCUGGCUGGUCAAAUGACCGACUCGGUACCACAUCAGAUCAUAGAAAAUGUUGACCGUUACAAAAAUCCGCAUGUCUACACUCGACAAACCAUCACCAGAGCUACAGGAGAAAACCAGUAUGCUUUAGGAAGAGUCUUGGGUCUGGAAAGUUUUCGACGUCAAUUACACGAUGCCAUCUCCUCUGAUUUCCCCGAAAUACCACUUCCAGAGCGGCGGCACCAACCUAUCAAGACUUCUCAAGAGGAGGAUGCGCCCCAGGAAGGAGGAUCGACUAUGCCAAAUGGUUAUUCUGUAAAAAUUGAGGAUGGUGCUGGUCCGGAUGGUCAAAAUGGACAGUCCAUUGUUAAUGGGAUGAGCUCAUGAGGAGCAAUUUAAAAAAAAAAACCUCAUCGUAUCGCAAUCAGGGAGCGGACGGAAGAGAGCAGGGAGCAACAUGUUUUGCGUGUUCGAACCAUUACAGGCCCUUUUAUUGUUGUAUUGUAUGUAUGUACAUUGGCAUGUUUGGCAUGUUAUACUUGCUUUCGUUACCACUGAUCUAUGCAGC